UCUGAGACACAACGUCGAACCGACAAGUUGACAAUGAAAGGUCAAACCAAGAUCUUGUUUUUCUUAGUGAUCACUUUAUUCUGUUUGGAAGUAAAUGAGGCAAAAAUAUCGGAUUCGCUAAAAGUGAAUCUUUCUCAUGGAGGUGGUGUUAUUGGGCGGUAUUUGACUUCCUUUCGUGGACGUGGAAUACGUGCCUUUAUGGGGAUUCCAUAUGCUGAGCCUCCCGUUGGAAAAUUGAGAUUUCUUGAUCCUGUUCCCAAGAAAUCAUGGGAUGGAUUUAUUGAGACAGUUUCAAAUGAAGUGAUUUGUCCACAAAUUAAUUUCUUGGAGAUGUCAGAAAAAGCUCUUGGAAAGGAGGAUUGCCUGUACUUGGAUGUCUACGUUCCACAGUUUCCAGCAACAAAAGAUCCUUUGCCAGUUAUGGUUUUCUUCCACGGAGGAGGAUGGGCAUUUGGAUCUGCUUCCUUCUAUGAACCUGAUUUUUUCUUGGAUCACGAUGUUAUUCUGGUUACUGGAAAUUAUCGUUUAGGUGCUUUGGGCUUCCUAACAACCAACACAACCCACAGCACGGGGAAUUUUGGCCUGAAAGACAUGGUGGAAAUCCUUAAGUGGGUACAGGGAAAUAUUGGAGCUUUCGGUGGCAAUAGAGACCAAGUGACGAUAUUUGGGGAGAGUGCUGGUGCCGUGAGUGUAACGUAUUUAAUGGAAUUGGCAUCAAAUAGGGGUCUCUUUCACAGAGCUAUCUCUCAAAGUGGAAAUCAUUUUGAUCCAUGGGCACUUUUGGAAACCUCCACAGCCAUUGAGAGAACUGAGAAAUUUGCAAAAGCUCUGGAAUGUUCACUCGAAGAUCCAAAUAAAUGGGAAGCCUUGGUUGAGUGCUUGCGGGGUAAAUCAGUUGAUGAUUUGAUCAAAUUCUCAAAUGUCCUCAAUGUUUGGGGAUCUAUUCCUUUAGUUAAAUUCCCACCUGUUAUUGAGUACGAUAGAACUGGUGGUCUUAUACCACAUGACCCGAAAAAUAUUAAAGACAAUCCCAGCCAUGAAAUUCCUUUGAUGAUUGGAAUAAACCAUGAUGAAGGUGUGCUGCAGUCUGCAGCAAUUGUGGGAAUGCCCGAACUUAUGAAUGAACUGGAGACAAAAUGGGAAAAACUUCUACCCCUUGUACUUUCUUAUGAUAAAUUUGAUAAGGAAAAACAGCGCGAAAUUACAAAUCUCACUACCUAUUUCUACUACAAAGGAGCACCAGAUAGAUCACCUUUUUUCCCAAUUGAAUGUUUAACCUACUUUACUGACAUGUGCGGUGAUUUUACAUUUUUCAAAGGAUUCAAUGAAUUUUUACGUAACCGUCUAUCCAGUAAGUCUGUAGCAGAUACCUAUGUGUACCAAUUUGCCCAUAAAGGUGAAGGAACCUUCCUGGAUUUCAUAUUUGGACAUUCAGAUAACAAAUACGGUGUUUCUCACAGCGAUGAUCUCCUCUACUUGUUUCCCCUUCUUCAAAAGAAACAAUUCAAAACAGCACCCAGCAAAGAAGAUCUUCUCGUUCAAGAAACUUUUGUAAAACUUUGGGUUAAUUUUGCUACAGUCGGGAAACCUACUCCAGUGGGAAGCCUAGACUUUGAGUGGAAACCUGCUAGUAAAUUUCCCCUUGAUUACUUACGAAUUGGAAAAUAUAAGAAACCGAAUAAUGUUACACUCAUUGGCAUGGAGAAGGAUUUGUGGCCGGAAAGAGCUGAAUUUUUGAAGAAUAUUUUUUAAAAUUUUACCAGAAAAAAAAAAAGAUUUCUUGAAAGAUUACUUGUAAAGAUUACUGGAUUAUUAAAGAAUUCAUCUGAAUAAAAUUUAACAAUUUU